AUCUUCUUCAUAAAAAUCUUUCUUAAAUCUCUUUGAGUCAAGUUUUCUUCUAUUCCCUGAUUAUUUUUGUUUUCACCAGAAUUUGUUUUUCAUGUUUAUAUAUCUUGGUCUUUCCCUUUCAAGCUGCUGGAUCUGCUAAUAUCUUGGUGAUCUUUGCUUGUCUGGUCAUAUUUAAGAAAGAAGGUCCAUGCAAUUGGAGUGACAUCUCUCCAGUGAUAAUUCUGACUGGGUGCUCUGGACAUGAGGUGGGGGAGGUGAGUGGGAACUCAUGUUUAGGCUGAGCCCACCUGAUGGCUAGAAUGAGAACUUUACUGUGAGACAUGAAGUUGAUGACUAAAAACCUUAGAUUCUCCAAUAUGGAGAAUUGUUUAAUUUCUUUAAAGAAGAGCUAUCAGGGACUUGUUUGUUUACUUUUGCCUGAGGAUAAAUGCCAGCUGCCUGUACUUACUGGGUAUGAGGGAGGGACUGGAGGGUGGAAGCCGGUGGUGGAGAAAAGCAGGUGGGUACAGUUGAUCCACCUUCAGAGCUUGCCCGGUUCUCCAGGCUAACUGGCAGCCCUCCUCUGCAGCCCUCAUAGCUUGUCCUGGGCUGGCUGUCUAAGGCAUCCUUUACCUGUUAAACCUCUUCCAUCAACUUUCUGGCUUCCAGAAAGUUGCUAACUUGCUGGCUUCCAGAUAUAUGCUAACUAUCUCAUCCCCAAGUAAUACCUCCUUACUCUGUUCUCCUUCAGGUAUGGGUUUAUUCCUUUGUGUACUUCUGUUCCUUUAGUACAAAGAGUCAAGGCAGAGAGAGCAUGUCUGGUUCAUUAAUAAAAAGCAACAUACACAUUUACUGUUUAUUAUCCCACAAAUAAUAUUUCUAGCAAAAGAACUAUAAAUUAAUGUAAUGGUUACAUUAAAAUAAAUAAAUUAUUUUUUAUUGCUUAAAAAGUGUACAAGUAACAUAUAAAAACAUGCUCCUUAUAAAAAUGCAAAUACAAAAUCAUGUAGACUAUACAGGGAAAUUGGCUGUUCCCUUCUUUUUUCCCCAACGCAAUUCUGCUCUUUUCCCAGGAAGUAACUGCUGUUAAUAACUAGGUAUAUAUAUACUUGACUAUUGCUAAUGUAUUUAUAUAUCUGUAUCUGUUUGGUUAUCAGGCUGUUUGUCUUUUUUAUUUAGAUAGAUCAAGUUUUAUAUGUGGUUUUGUGAAUUUUAACUCGACCAUAUGUCUUGGAUAGCUUUUCAUGGCAGUAGGUGUAGAGCUAUCAUUCUUUCCCCUACCAGUUGACAUCUAAGUAGUUUGUAGUUUUUCUUUUUCAGAAAGGCAAAAUCUAUUACUUUCCUGUUUCCUUGUCCCUUAGCAUUCUUUCCACUCAAAUUGAGAAAUCCUUGUCAUACCUGUAAAGAAUCCCAGUGGAUUAAACUGAAAAGAAUCCCAGUGGAUUAAACUGACUGAAUGAAAUAUAGCAAGUUGAACAGAUCAUAAUAUAUGAUAAUAUUUAGAGGUACAGUACUAAAACUUCUUUAUUAAAAUUCAUAUUAUCCUACCCCAGUUAAUGAAUGGAACAGAAUCAGAUCACAUUUAUUUUGAUCAGAGUUAAGGAGGCAAACCAGCUUGCGUGUCAUCUCUCAAACGUACUAAUAACAAAUGCCCACGUUUAAAACGUUCUUUUUUUUCCUACUGUUCUUUUCCUACUAUUUCCUGCCUUUUUUCUUUGUUUAUUCACCAUGCUCUAAGCUCUUGAUUUAUUGCUCAUUUUUUUGGUUACAGGUCUUGAAACUGGAAUCAGUUUAACCUCAAGAGAAUCAUCAGAGUGUUAAUUUCCAAAUGAAUCCUCUUUCUAACAAUGAUAAGACUAUCUAUGACGAAAAUACACAUUUUGGGGACCCAGAUCCACACCUGCCCUGGAGAAAGGUCACAUUCUCCACUUUUGAAGAGCAGAAAUCCUUCUGCAUGGCCAGUUCUGGCAGGUCCUUAUGUUGUCCCACACCAAAAGGUUUUGAGAGUUCUAUGCUUGGUUAGCACUGACUUUCUUGGCUCUGUGGCAGAAUGACCGCCCCCCCGGUCCCCCUCACCCAGGUUUUCACAUUUCUUCAUCUAUAGAAACCUGGUGCUCCCUGGCCUCCCCUCUGUAAGGCUGGAUCAGAUCUCCAGCUUACACUCUGCUUUUAACAAAUUCGCCAAGCACUAAACUAUGUUUAGGCACUGUUGUAUUAGGCAUUUCACAUUCAUUAUCUCAUUUAAUCCUCAAAACAAUCCCACAUAUUAGCUUUAGAUAUGGUUAAGGUACUUGCUUAAAGUCACACAGUAAGUGGUAGAGCUGGGCUUCAAACUUGGGCUUGCCUAGCACCAAAGCUUGAGCUCUGACCUCUGUGCUACACAUUCACCACUCAGCCAAUGAACCCUCAUGAGCGCGUGAGAAGAGAAACUUGAAGGCCCUUGAGUGGCUGAGAGGCUAGAUGAUGGCCCCCCAAAAGGUAUUCACCUCCUCAUCCCUGGAACCUGUGAAUGUUACUUUAUAUGGUGAAAAAGGACUUUGCAAAUGUGAUUAAGUUAAGAACCUUGAGAUGGGAAGAUUAUCCUGUACUAUCCAGGUGGGAUCUAAAUGCAGUCACAUAUAUCAUCAUAAAAGGGAGGCAGGGGAUCUGACACACACACAGAAGAGUUGGGAAGGCAGUGUGAUCGUGGAGGAGGAGACUGCAGUGAUCGGCCACAAACCAAGAAAUGCCACCUGCUACCAGAAGCUGGAAAAGGCAAGGAAUGAUUUUCCCCUGGAGCCUCCGGAGAAAGCACAGCCCUGCUGACACCUGGUUUGGCCCAGUGAUACUGGUUUCAGACUUCUGGCCAUCAGAACUGUGAGAGAAUAUGUUUCUGUUGUUUUAAGCCACUAAGUUUGUGGUAAUUUUUUAUGGCGAUCACAGGUGACUUUGUGAUCUCUCUAGGCCAGUUUCCUUAUCUGUAAAAUGAGGAUAUUAGUGGUAAUACCUAGAAUUAAAAAAAAAAGAAAAGCGCUAGCAUUUACCUAGCACAGGUAGAUGCUCCGCAGGGCUAUUAUCGCUCGCAGGGGCCGAGAGGAAGAUGUAUGGGGUGCUUUGGGAGCACAUGGGAAGGAAGGGCAAUUAACCCAGCCUCUAGCUCAUAAAUGCACAUGACCAUCCAGUAAGGUUAACAAAGAAGUUGAAAUUAAUUAAAAAUGACAGUAUAUGGCAUUUAUUGACCAAAUGACAGAGAGUUCACAAAACAAUCUCCACCCUUAAUUUCUAAGAGUGACUGCAACCAUCAGAGAAACUUUUCAGGUGGUAACUCAUUACCUCGUGGAUGCCCCAGCAACUUUAUUUUUCUGGAGGUGAUUCUGAAUGGUCAUUCCAGGACACAUUAAUUAAUGAACCAUAAAAAUAAACACUGCAACUGGAAACUGGAAGUGUAAAUUCAGUUGCCUAUUACGAAUGUAAUCUGUGACCAUCACACUUUGUCCAUAGAAAUGAGCAGAGGGAAGGCUGGACUUAUCUAGGGGCCUGGUUCCCAGGUAUGUAGGGAUUAUUUCUCCCUGAGGGCUGGACUGAAGCCGGGCCAGAGAGUUUGCCUUUGAGCUGUUCCUAUUUGUUCAUCCAGCUCCUGGAGAGUCGUCAUUGCCUUCAUUAUGGAUUGCUCUGGGCUAGUGAUGGAAGAGUUAGCAGGGUGGCCUGGAGUGGCUCUUAGCAGGCUGGUGCCAGCUGACACAUGCCACUUAGGUUUCCAAGGAGCCAAGCUGUCCCCACUCACGCAUGGCUGAUGCACUUGUGGCUAAAUGUGGUGCCACCAGGGCCCCGGGCCAGAUUCAGGGCAGGAAAUAGAAUGCCAUCUCCAUCACCAGGGAAACCAUGGCCUGCGUGCAUGAUUUAAACCAGGGCCAACAAAAAAGCUCAAAGGCAGGGUCAGAAGAGGAAGGGAGACCAGAGGGUGGCUUGCAUGGAUUUUGUCUUGGGUUAUAACUGUUGACAAGCCACUUAGCUGCCCACAUGUUUAAGUUUAUCUGCAUAUAAGAUGGAGGUAACAAUAUUUACGCAUCUCACUGGGGACUUAUGAAAACAACAUUUCUGACAGACCACUCAGGAUCCAUGGAUGGAAGGUGGUAUAACAAAGAGCGAGUGGAAGAGAAAGGAGCAAAACCAAAGCACGCACUGAGCACCAGAGGCGUGCAAGCCGAGCUCAAGGGGCCUUGGGAAGAGAGCCAGAAGGUGGAGCUGCCAGAGGGGACAGUGGAGAGGUUGCCCCCCAUCAGUGCUUCGGGGAUAGGAGCUGACCUCCUUACCCAGGCAGAAGCCUCACCAGGGCAGGGAGACGGAGUUCCUGGCCCAGCCCAGGUACGCCCAGAGGUGGAAGCCAAAGCUCCUGUAACAUCCAACGAGAACCCCAGGACGGGCCUGGAAUUGUCUGUGGUGUCUGAAAGGGUCAGUGAGGCUCCCACCAGCCAGGAAGCUGCAUCGGGUGCAGGACGAGGAACAUCAUCCAGUAGACCUGACCCUCAGCCCUCGGAGGAGGGCAUGAGGCUGACUCCAGCGCUGCCAGCCCAGGCCAAGUCAGCUCACGGUGGUGGAGAAACACCUCCAAGGAUCUCCAUCCAUGUGCAGGAGACAGACAUCCCUGGGGAGCUACUUGUGACACGAGGCGGCAGCCUCAGAACCACGCCCCCUGCAGAGGCUCUAGCAGCUGCCCAUCCAGGUGAACAGGACUCACCUGGGCCCACGUGCUACCCCCAGGCCCCUGGGACUGAGUCAGGAAAACAUAUCCCAAAAGGAGCCGGGGUGUUUUCCCCACUGUGGAAGCGGAGCAGCGACUGCGGAGCAAAGGCCAAAGAGAAACAGGGAUCUGGGCCUGAGCCCGCCAUGACACCAAGCAGGGCCUGGAGGGACAAGGGAGCCGAUGCCAGGACCCCAGGCCUGCAGCAGGACACAGGCCCAGGAGCAGGGAACCCUGAGCCUGGAAAAGACUACACAGCCAGGGGCACGAGCAGAGCUGAAGCAGGAAGGAGGACACCCCCAGGAGCUGAGGCGGGCAGCCUGUUUCUGGACGACAGUCCAGCCCCGCCAGCCCCCUUCGAGCAUCGGAUGGUGAGUGUGAGGGAGACCUCGACCUCAGCGGGCUACACAGUGUGCCAGCACGAAGUCCUGGGAGGGGGCCGGUUUGGCCAGGUCCACAGAUGCAUGGAGAAGGCCACGGGCCUCUCGCUGGCGGCCAAGAUCAUCAAAGUGAAGAGUGCCAAGGACCGGGAGGAUGUGAAGAACGAGAUCACCAUCAUGAACCAGCUCAGCCAUGUGAACCUGAUCCAGCUCUACGAUGCCUUUGAGAGCAAGAACAGCUUUACCCUUGUCAUGGAGUAUGUGGAUGGGGGUGAGCUCUUUGACCGGAUCACAGAAGAGAAGUACAACCUGACUGAACUGGAUGUGGUGUUGUUCACCAAGCAGGUCUGCGAGGGUGUGCAAUACCUCCAUCAGCAGUACGUCCUGCACUUGGACCUCAAGCCUGAGAACAUACUGUGUGUCAAUCAGACGGGACACCAAAUUAAGAUCAUUGACUUCGGGCUGGCCAGAAGGUACAAGCCUCGGGAGAAGCUGAAGGUGAACUUUGGCACUCCCGAGUUCCUGGCCCCAGAAGUCAUCAAUUACGAGUUUGUCUCGUUCCCAACGGACAUGUGGAGUGUGGGAGUCAUAACCUACAUGCUGCUCAGUGGUUUGUCGCCAUUUCUAGGGGAAACGGAUGCAGAGACCAUGAAUUUCAUUGUGAACUGUAGUUGGGAUUUUGAUGCUGACACCUUUGAAGGGCUGUCAGAGGAGGCCAAGGACUUUGUCUCCCGGUUGCUGGUCAAAGAGAAGAGCUGCAGAAUGAGUGCCACACAGUGCCUGAAACAUGAGUGGUUGAAUAACUUGCCUGCCAAAGCUUCUAAAUCGAAAGUUCGUCUCAAAUCCCAACUAUUGCUGCAGAAAUACAUGGCUCAGAGGAAAUGGAAGAAACACUUCUACGUGGUGACUGCUGCCAACAGGUUAAGGAAAUUUCCACCUUGUCCCUAAUCCUCAACUCUGCUGCUCCCAUGGGCCCAGAAAUUACUGAGACUUGUGGUGAAGUCAUGACUGAAGAUUUUUAAUAAUCUGGCCUUCUACUUAUUUUGUAAAAAAAGGUUAUGGCUGUUGCCUUCCUUGUGGAUGAAAAGUGGCUGUAAAGAGACUGACCUAAGAACUUUUUUCUGCCUUAUAAGAUCAGUUGAAAUGCUGCGAUUACUUUUCAAGUGUACCUACUUUUGGUGAUAAGUGUAGGCAUGCUUUAGGUAGGUAGGAAAGCUUCUACUUUGCAUAUGUCAAAUUUAAUGUCUAAGCUUACUCUGAUUAAAGAACCCAGUGGACUAUCACGCAGGGCAUGUUAGUAUUACCUCCUCCAGUGCAAAGAAUUCCUAGCAUUUUGACUUGCUCAGGUGUGAGCUGACAUUUUGUACUACAUUUGUUGCUCUAGUGUGAAGCAACGUGGAUUUAGGGCAGAGAUCCUCAAACUUGUUUUAACGUGUGCUCCCUUUUUAGAAUCAAAACAUGCAUCCUUUAAUAUUCUUUGAAAUUUCAAAAUGUACUGACUGUCAUGGCUAUAUCAGAGCAGUGAUAGUUUUGAAUAAGCUUUUAAAAUCUGUACAUACCUCUACCCUCUCCUAAUUCUGCCCUGUCCUGACAUUGGCAGUCUUCCUCCUGAUCUCUCUUCCACAGUUAUGCAUCUAUGGUCUAGUAAGUCUGGGAACUGAUAUGUAAUAUGUGAAAGAGAGAUAAGAAUGUAAUGAUGUUCAGCUUUCUGAGAGAAACACAGAAAUGAUGCAUCAAGAGAAAACAAAUGCAAACUGCUCUCCUACUGUUUUAUCAGGUAUAUACCCAUCACUUAACUAACUUCAAGAAAUUAUUAACAAGGAGUAAUUAUUCAAAAGGAAACAAUCCUUUUAAUUUCCUUAGUUGUAAGGAAGUUUUUUGCUAUUCUCAUGACCUUCUUGGGCCAGAAGUUUUUAGUUACUUUUAAUUUUUAAUUAGCCAUGCAACAGUUUCACAGCCUUUCAGGACUUUUGUCCCAUAAUAAAGACUUUUUUUAUUGUGGGGAGAGAGGCAGAAGAUGGAGAUAUUAAUCCUCCUGCUGCAUUUCUUCGGUUAUAACUUUCCUCUGGAACACUAACCCCUGUUGGGAAGCUAAGAUUUUCAGUAUCAGCACAUCUAGGCCUGCUCCAAGCUUGUCAGCUUGUGGAUGAAUAUCAGAAGAGAUGGCUGCUGGAAACCUCCCUUUCAUGGGCCAGUAACAGUGAUUUGGUAAAAUGCUUUAUUUUUAAGGUGUUCUGAAGGCAGCCUCCAGAAGGAGCUAUAGAGGAUAUCUAUAGUUCCAUCUAUAGUAUGGUGAUUCUUCCCUUCCAUGGGACUUCACAUUCUUGGGGGAAUGCUAUAAAUCUUCUCCCCAGAAAAAUGUAGUUAGUUAUCCUGAUCUAGAGUACCACUCCCUCAUGGAAAUAUAAUAUGAGCCAUAUACAUAAUUUAAAAUUUUCUGAUAGCUUCUCUAAAAAUACCCCGGUAAAAUUAAUUUUAAUAAUUUAUUUAACAUAUCAAAACCUAUUUUAAUAUGUAAUCAAUAUAAAAAUUAUUGAAUUUUUUUCAUACUAAGUCUCCAAAAUCUGGUGUGUAUUUUACACUUAAAAUACAUGCCAGUUCAGAUUCUAGAUUUUUAUCAGACAUACAAUUUGUAUUUAGAUUUCAUAAAAUUUACUGUGGAAAAAUAUAGUCACAUAUUCAAGUUGUUCAAGCAUCUUAAAUAUUUUCUAGUAUUUUUAUGAUUAAUUAAAAUGAAAUAAAAUUAGAAAUACAGUUGCAUUAGCCACAUUUUAAGUGCUUAAUAGCCACAUAUGUUUAGUGGCUUCUAUAUAAGACAGGGCAGAUCCAGAGAAAAUCCGAUAGCUAUCAAAUUUUAAUUUUUCCCCCUAUAUGCUGUUAUUCUCUACCUAGAGAAACUUUUCAACAAAGUUCCUUUGAGGGAUUUGUUUAGACCAGGCCCACACAAGUGAGAGGUACUGCAGAAGUUAGCUUCCCUUAUUUGAAAGGCGAGGGAGCUUUUAUGAAACUUUAAUUUUCUGGAUAUUUUUAGUUCUCUGCUGGUGUGUACUUGAAAAUUUUUUAGAUUGCAACUUUGCUAGCAUUAACUAUUUCAAACGGGACUUUUUAAUUUGAAUGAACAGUCAUUGAAAACUUCUGGGAAAUCAAUGAUACUCCAAUAUAAAAUAAAAAUUAAAUUUAAAAAAAUGAAAGAAAACUGCUGGGCAGAGGAACUCUGAAAGGUAGUCAGGACCCACUUUUUUCACCUAUCAGAUUUGGUGAGGGUGUGGGGAAAAUGGAAUUUUUCACUUUUGAUGAAUAUGUAUCCAAAUAAAAGUCAUGCCCAUACUUUCACCCGGCAAUUCCAUUUCUAGAAAUUUAUCCCUCAGCAAUACUUGAACAAGCGGGCAGAGAUGUAUGCAAAGUGACCUUUACUGUAGCAAAAUGGCUCAUAUAGGUUGAAAACAACCUAUAUGUGCCUAUCAGCAAGGGUUUAAAUUUUGCCACAUACAUAUGGAAGGUUACCUUGUAGCCAGUAAAGAUAGAUCUUGAUGUACUGAGUUUUAUUAUGAAAAAAAUUAUAGAACAUAUAUAUGGUAUUAUCCCAUUUAUGGAGAGACAUGCUUAUAUGUGCAUUAAACUUUUCUAGGUUAUGCAAGAAAGUUAACAGUGUGGUGUAGAAAGUGGGUGAUGGCGAGAGAGGGAAUUCUACUUUUCACUUUAUUACUUUCUAAAUCAUUUGAAUUUUUUUUUUAACAAUGAGCAUGUAUUGCUUUUAAAAUUAAAAAUUAGCAACCCAC